GUGUUCUCUAUUGACUUGUGCUGUCCGAAUUGGGAGUGUCACCUCCAUUCUAAUGUUCUACCUCUGGCAUUGCCCGGAACACUCAGGAACUUCCUGGAACUUCAGGAGGCUCCAACUGCAUAUAAAGCAGAGAGCUCACUGUGCUGAAGCAGAACACAGGAGACAAGGCUACACUAAGAGAAGUCAUCACAGCGAGAACUACCAACUCUCACUGAAGAUGUUGAGCCUGCAUGGAUUCCAGCCCUCCCGGCUCAGUCCCUUUGUGGACUUCUGCUGGCCCACGCGCAGUCUCUGGCCACAGGUGCGACCCCUGCUGGACAUCCACAGACAUCUCAUGCUGAGGAACAUCGAGGAGAUGAGGAGCAGUUUGGAGCUCCUUCAGAAUCAGAAUCAGAAUCUUCAGAAAGAAAUAUUACAAGAAAUUCACCAGACCCCUGCCUCAGAAGAAAAUAAUUUACUUCAGUGUCAAUUGGAGAAGAAAGGAGAUGGUUUUGCUUUGACUGUGGACACCAAAGACUUUUCUGCUGAAGAGCUUUCAGUCGAGCAGGUGGACAACAAACUACAGGUGAGCGGUAAGACUGAGAAGAGACAGGAAGAUGGAAAAGGCUCCUUCUCCUACAGGGUCAAGGCAUUCAGGAUGGAGAUUCAACUGCCAGAGGGGGUGAACCCAGAGGCUGUGACCUGCUCUUGGGCUGAGGGGAAGCUUCACAUUCAAGCACCUGGACAAGAGACACCGGCUGCCACCUUUGAGAGGGUUGCGCCUGUCAACUGCCCCACAGCAGAAUGCACAGAACAGUCAGAGGAGAUGACAAAAGGGGACGAUGCCACAGAUGCAGCCGAUGAGAUUCAGCAGCAAGAAAAGUGCUGAAAAA